ACUCACGACGUCCCCGUGCUGCUCGCUGCCGAGUGCCGCGACAGGCACCGACGCUGGCUCUGCUCACGCAGUCACGCCUCACGCGCACCUGCCCCCUCGGCCCUCGCCUCGCGCAAUCCGAGCGGAGCAAUCCCCCGUGCCCCCCGCACUGGUUAGGCCCAAGCAUCCUCCUCAGCCGGCGGCGGCACUCGGCAGCUGCUGGAGAUGGCGUUGGCGGGGGCGGCUGCGAUGCCGGGGCUGUGGGCGCUGCUGCUCCCCUUCCUCGCCGUCGCGACCUGCCUCGACGUUCCUUCCCGCGGGUGCUAUUGGACUGGGUGCCAAAGUAAAUGGUUUGGAGUAUGCGCUGCUCGCCACUUCUUGGAUUCUCAGUCAGAUGAUUGUGACGGUCUUUGUGUGGAGUCAAAAAGCCAUCCAUGCCUUCCACUCCACACACAUUUCUAUUGUUGCAAACCAGGAAUCCCAAAGGUAACAAACAAGUGUGGACACUGCAAGAGCAAGCUGGAUUUUGGCAAAGAGUUUAUAUGCUGCUCAGAUUGCUCUGAUCCAACCGUUAUGGACAAGAAUAGCAAACUGGGUUACUGCAAAAGUGGUGCUGACUUAACAAUGCAAAUAAAACCAGAAGAAACUUUUCACUGGGUUGCUGGCCCAUGGAUGACGUGCUCCUCUCCAUGUGAUGGUGGCUAUCGAUAUCGUGAUGUUGCUUGUUAUGGAAACCUGGAUGAUAACACAAUCAAACACUACCCUGUGGAUGAUGCAAACUGUUCGGCAAAUGAAAUGCCUGCAAGACAGGAGGCAUGUAAUCAGCAGAGCUGUAGUGAUUCUGAGAUGACACAGUCAGUGAAUCCCAAGAAAAGUGGAAUGUCUGGUUGGUUGGUAGCGUUGGUUGUUAUCCUAGGUCUCAGUGCAGCUGCUGGCAUUGCAUUUACGAGCUACACUUACUACGUGAGGAGAACCUCAGGGACGAGUGGUUUUGUGUAUGUCAUGAUGGAAGCUUAUUCGUGAGGAUUGAGAGGAACGUUUUCCUGUAAACCUGUGAGCAAUCAAGACUGUAGAAAAUCACUGGAGUUGGAGACAACCAGUUUGUUCAUUCUUUGUGUGCUGUUUUUUUCGUCAGAAAUGGUUGCCAUCUCUUUCUGCUGAUUCAUGUGCCGCCGAGGGACUGCCCCGGGUGUAACUUGGGAGUCUAGCACACAUCUGUCUUGCCAAGGCUGUGUGAAUCUGUCAGUCAGGAUGUGUUGAUUGACUGACCUAACUGUGACGUGCUAAUGCGUUAUGAAUUCUAGCAUCCUGUUACAUACGCAUGCCAAAACUAGCGGCGGUGAACUAAUUUUCAGGUUGACAUACAAUAUUUUCUGCAA